GGCCGAGUCAAAGCAAGUCGAAUCAAAUCAAAUCACAACAAAGCAAAGCAUCCAUCACUAUCAAACCAAGCCCAUCCAUCUAUUCACGCACUCCUGGGCUGCGCCUCGGCUGCAUCUGUAUUUGUACCGCUCGCCUCCCGCCGCUCCCCAGCCUACUUAUACCAACUCCCUUCUAGCCUCUCCCCGCAGAAGCGAAAGCGCAAGCUUGCAUCUGGAUCCAUCCUCAUUGGCUCCACGCGGACUGCAAAAGCUCCAUCCACCAAAGCUGUUGUUUGCUACCUUCGCAAACUCCACCUGCAAGAGACUCUCUCCCGCCUUGCCUGCAUUGACUGCGACGACAGAGCACCUCUUCAGACCAAGCCAAGCCAAACCAAGCAGCAAACGAACUUGAUCACAAUGUCUGAAACCGGUCUCCCUCCAAACUGGGAGGUUCGACACUCCAACUCCAAGAACCUGCCCUACUACUUCAACUCGGUCGAGCGAACCUCACGAUGGGAGCCUCCGGCGGGCACCGACAGCGAGAAGCUUAAGCACUACAUGGCUGCCCACCACAGUGCUGGUUCGCGACCCGGAGCCGUCCCAGGCGUCCCCGAGGGCAAGAUUCGAGCUGCCCACCUCCUAGUCAAGCACCGAGAUAGUCGGCGGCCGAGCAGCUGGCGCGAGGCUGAAAUCACACGAACCAAGGAAGAGGCCAUGGAGAUCAUCAAGGGCCACGAGCAGACCAUCCGAUCUGGCGCCUCUACGCUUGGCGACCUUGCGCCCACAGAGUCCGACUGCUCCUCUGCCCGCAAGCGUGGCGAUUUGGGCUACUUUGGCCGUGGCGAGAUGCAAAAGGAAUUUGAAGAUGUGGCCUUUACGCUCAAGGUGGGAGAGCUGAGUGAUGUUGUCUCGACGGCGAGCGGCCUGCACUUGAUUGAAAGGUUGGAGUAAGUUGUUAGUCAGACGUUUACUGCGCAAACGAAGAAUGUAAUAUACGAAUAUAUAUAUUAAAAAAAAAAAAGAAAAGGGGAGGGAGAAGGAGAAAGAUAGGAAGUAGGUGGAAUGAUACGAAUGAAAUGCAAGGAUAAUCUCGAACAUCAAUUUCUCAAGCCCCCAGAAGAGGAAAAAAAAAAAUAUAAGAAGAAGAAUCAACACUGGAUAGUAGUAUCUCAAUCACUGUAGGCGGCGCUGGAUAAGUAGCAAAAAGAAAGGCAC